AUGGAUGAUCUCGGCGCUCUUGGAGACAUUGGUAGGAAAUGGAGCUGGGUUCCCCUGGAUGACAGUCUUCAGCAGCCAGAUCAUGGGCAAGACAUGCAUCAUCUCGUCGGCCGGAAGGACAAUCAUGCCGCCGGUGACACUACGUCUGACUCGGUAGCCUCCUCUACGGUUGGGCGCCGCCUAUCCAAGACCCGUCGACUUAUCGAGGCGAAGAAAGAGGCACGUCGCCAGAGACAAAAUCUGAAAGAGAGCGGAGACUAUCUCGGAGUGCAGGGCGCCAAUCCUGAGACCGGUCAACUGGAUACCAUCACUCCGACAGAGAGCGACAGGAGCAGCACUAGCCAGGAGACACUGCAGAAGCUCAAUAUCCUACGCAGCACGCUGAGGAGCAGCCGCCACUCAUACAAGACACCCGGAGCCCAGGGCGAGAAGGCGGCCAAACAGGACGCUCCUGAAGGACGAAAAUACAAACCGCGUAACCUUGAAGGAAACACACAGAAGAUCAAGGAUGCCGGUAAAGCUGUCAGAUGGCGAAGACAUACGAAGCAAUGGUCUUCGGCACAAGAACCGGACCUCAGCCCCAUCGUUCAAUCUCGAGUGAGCAGCAUAGCUAGCCCCGGCAAGUCGAGGCUGGACGUCCGCGCCGCUGAUAUUAGUCCUGAUGUUGCAUCCGCAGACCCUUGGCUUGGGCACAUCGACACAAACCAUGGCGCAGAUUACAAGAACACAAGACUCAUAGAUCUAGCAUCGCCCGCGCGAAGGACGCCUUUGGAGGCCAAAGAGCGCUUGGUACUGGCGAUUGAUGAUACUCUGGCUGGAAACUCGAGCUCAGGAGGCACAGUCGUUCGGACUCCUCACGGCCAGAGCCUGGCAGAUCUGACGCCAUCGGCAUUCGAGCUUUUCGCGAACGGCAUAAGCUUCAACGACUCCGAUUGUUUUGAGGACAAAGAACCGAAAGCCGCUCCAUGCUUGCCUGCUGGUAUCCCAUGUGGUUGCCCAGAAGCCACUGCCGCCGAUGAAGCUGCGCUCUCUUCUUCGCGCAGGCCACCGCAACUCCAGGUGGGAACACCAGGCAAAACAACAAGACGCUUCGAGAGCAAGCCAGUCGCGCCUACCAAGCAGUCUUUUUUAGACCGACGAGUGCCGCCGCAGACCGAUGUCAGCGAUCUGCUUUUGCGAGAUCAAGGGCUCGGCGAAACGACGGCCAUUAUGCCUGUGAGUCAGGAGAGCCUGCUCCUGGUCCCCAAACGGAGCCUCACGCUACUUCGGAAAAAGUUGAAUUUGGGUUCUCUGAGCCCCCGCACCUCCAGCAAACUCAUCAGUCUGGAGCCUUCAGAGCAGCAGCAAGACCCAGACGUCACAGCUUGGGCAGCAGCAACAAGACCGUCCCUUCAGAAGCUGAUACAUCACUCGUUCGGGACUUUCAGACUAAAGAUGAUGGAGAAGAAGUCGAGGCCGCUCAGCUCGGAGGACGGAAUGCCGAUACCCGCACCAAAUCCGACUUCCAACCUCGAACACGGUCAGAAACUAGGUGGCACGAAAUGCGUGGAAGUGAGAAAGACAGCUGGCGUGGCAGGCGAAGGUUCCCACCAAACAAACGCGCGUGCGAUGGCGGUGUUGCCAGAGGCUCAGCCCCUCACCGGGCGGAAAGGCAAGAACAAACAAAACACUGUGCGUUUGCUCGAAACACAGAGUUCGGGAAGCCACGACACCGACUGGUGCACGGCAGCGAUGAAGAAGAUCGCAGACAAAAGCCGGGAAGUCAUGGACGAGUUUGCUUCCACACACACCACCACCACUACUGGGUGCGACCAUCAAACGUUCUCGCCUGCCCCAGAGGAAGGUCCCUUACCAGAGCAUCGGCCGACCAGCCGCCGCCAGCUGAGCCGAUUAAUAUACAAUCUGCCGCCCUGGAGCCCGACAGGCCACGAGCUGAGGAACAUUGUUCAGAGUCCCUCGCAGAAUACCUCGCAGAGCUCGACGGUGAUGGGACAGAGAGAAGCAGUCGGUACUACGUCCAUAAAGCGAUCGACGUCCACGAAAAGACGAAAGGACAUCGUCGCAGCACAACUAUCGGCGCAGCCCGGGCGCGAGGCUCAGCAGAUCAAGGCGCAGUGCAGCAUAUCACCCAAGUCAACGUGUAUACCACAGGACGGUCGGUCGAGCGAAGGGAGCGCCGACACAGCUCUGACACCGACCAAAGAGGGCAGAGAGCCGAGCUCAAGAUCCGGACCCCAGACAAGCAGGGAUCUGACGCCGCGGGGAGCCGAAGAUGUGGCCCGGAAGCAGCUUAUGAGAGCACCUCGAAGCAGAGAACGGACGGAACACACGGGCUGGAUGGAGGGUAUGAGCAUGCCGGGGGCCUAUCCCACUCACCUCGACGCCGAAGACGACAUCGACGAUCCUUUCGAAAGCACCACGACCAGUGAGCGUGCCACAGGGCCAGCGGCGCGCGAGGGGGAAGGAGACAGAUGGGCGUCGACAAAGCCGACGUUGCGCACGGCCUAUCAUCAUUUGAAGGCCCUCCUAGCGCUGUACUGGAAGAUUGUCUGGCCAGUAUUUCAGUAUCGGUCCGAGUUCUGGGAGAGAAACGAGCGACGAGAGGCGACCACAAUGGAUGCUCUGGCGUUGGUACUGGCGAUGCCGACGGCGGUCAUGGGCAGUGUGUUGCUCGUGUAG